UUCGCAUCCGCCUCUCCAGAAGCUUCUCCACUUACCUCUUACUAAAUAAGGCUUUUCAGUUACCGAUUGUUGCCAUUUCGUAAUUGUUCACUGCAUUUGUGAGAUCGAGAUCGAGCCUCCUAUUGCUAAACAAAUCAAAACUACCCAGCGAGAAGAUGUCGUACUCCAGAAGGUCAAGAUAUUCCCGAUCUCCUUCCCCAUACAAGCGAUACAGCAGGUCUGUCUCGAGAUCAUUGUCCAGGUCAAGGUCGAGGUCGACGGAUAGGUUAAGAUCAAGGAGUCCUUCAAGUGAUGUGGACAAUCCUGGUAACAAUUUGUAUGUGACAGGGCUGUCACCUCGAAUCACCAAGAGAGACCUUGAGAAGCAUUUUGCUAGUGAAGGAACGGUGGUUGAUGUUCAUCUUGUUGUUGAUCCAUGGACUAGAGAAUCUCGUGGUUUUGGCUUUGUUACUAUGUCCAGUGUUGGGGAAGCUGAUCGCUGCAUUAAGUAUUUGAACCGCUCUGUUCUUGAAGGUCGUGUCAUUACGGUGGAGAAGGCUAAGAGGCGGCGAGGACGAACUCCUACUCCUGGAAGGUAUCUGGGGCUUAGAACCAUUCGUGUGCGCCGCUGGACACCUAGUUAUUCUCCCCGUCGAUCGCCAAGCUACUCUCCUUAUGAGAGGAGUCGGAGUCGGUCACCUCGUUAUUCAUCAGAACACAGCAGGAGUAGGUCAUAUUCUCCUUACCAUAGGCGGGGCCGACCCUACUCUCCCUAUCACCGUCGGCGCAGAUCAUAUUCACCUUAUUAUUAUAGCCGGAGCAGGUCUUACUCAAGAUCUCCUUACAGUAGGUCCCCUGUGAGUAGGCGUGACCGGUCAUACUCACCAUAUGACUCCAGGUAUCAUUCACCAGAUGACCGAUACUACAGAAGGCAUUCCUAUCGCUCUGUUUCUCGAAGUCCUACGCCACGAAGAACAAGAAGCUCAAGGAGGAGCUACUCACGCAGCAUUUCCAGGAGUCCAAGAAGGAGCUACUCGCGAAGCAUUUCCCCUAGAAAAAGUUCAAGGCGGAGUUACUCGAGAAGCCCCUCCCCAGUGUUGAGGAAGAGCUUGAGGAGAAGUUACUCUAGAAGCCUUUCUCCUAGGGAUAGGAAGAGCUCCAGAACUAUAUACCGCAAUGGGUCGGCAAGGCGUGAACGUUCUCAAGAUAGUUACUCAAGGAGCCCAAGUGCGAGUCCGAGUUUCCGAUCUGUUUCUAGGUCUGCUACACCUAGUUCUACUUCUCCAUCUUCUUGAGUGGAAGAGUGUAUGCUAUUGUAGCUCACAGGAUAUGUGGCCGUGGUGUUUGAGUCUUGGCAUGACUUACUGUUGAUUGGAGUUUCUGUCUCCUUUCCUGUAAUGACUGAUCUGUUAUUGUUAAUAAUCUUGCUACUUGAAACCGAUAAAUAGAAUGGUUGCUGUUUGGUAUCAGGAAGAAAGUGACCUGGAAAAAAAGCCUAGGAAUUUGAAUCCAUUUUUAUCGUUUUCUUAGUUGAAGGCUUUUUACAUGUUCACUUUGGCAGGCAAUAAAAUAUUAUGAGUACUGAA